AUUUGCUUUAGAAAACAUUUACGUUUAGCUGUCAAAUAUAUUAUUGAAAUAUUUAAAAUAUUCGUAAUAUCUUCGCCUUAAAAACAAAAUGAAACUGAUUAUAUUUUUAAUAAUUUAUCAACUGAACAAUUUAAUAUUAAAUACCCAAGGAUAUAGCACAAAUCUGAAACAUGUUAAACGCACAAUACCUUCCCUAUAUGCCGAUUUUGCUUUAGCUGAUGAUGCAGGAGUAGGAGGAGCUGGAAAUGGUGGUGGCGAUAAUAAUUGCAAUGAGGGUGAAGCCAAUUGUAAUGCGGAUGUAACUAAAGGCAAUUCAAAACAAAAGGCGACAAAUAUUGCCCAGAAGGCGGCACAAGAAGCUAAAGCUGCUUCCGAUGCUCAACAGGAGGCAGGACAGGCUGCUUCGCGACAAGUUAAAAUGCAAUUGGCUGAAAAAGCUAUGCAAGCGGCUAAAGCAGCCGAGGCGGCUUUGGCGGGCAAACAGCAGAUUGUAGAACAACUUGAACAGGAGGUUCAUGAAGCAGAGGCUGUGGUGCAAGAACAAUCCUCAUCCUUGGAAAAUGCCCAACAAAAUGUACAAGCAGCCGUACAGGCAGCUCAACAGGCUCAAGCCCAACUAAAGACUCUAACAUCUGCCGUACAAAUGGCCCAAUCAAAUGUGGGCAAUUCAGAACAGGCCGCCUCUGGAGCUCAACAGGAAUUGGUGGAAAAAAAUCAACUAAUGGAAGCGGCAAAAUAUCGUGUUGAUCAGUUGUUGCGUCAAUUGAAUAGUGCACGAGCUGAUUUUGCCAAUACCAAGAAGUCGGCUUAUAAAGCCGCUUGUGCGGCGCAAGAGGCUAAAGCCAAUGCUGAAAGAGCGCGGCGUCAGUUGGCAAAACGCUUUUUAACACCUCAACAACGCCAGCAGUUGUUGCAGCAAAGACGUCAGCGUCAACGUUUGUCACGUCAGCCAUAUUAUCAAUGAGUUUUAUCACUUUCUUAAAUGAUCUACUAAGACACCAUUAUAAAAGUUUAGCGUUUUAAAGGAGAUGCAAAUUUACAAGAUCGGUAUGAACUUUUAACUUUUUACGAACUUUAAAUAACGUGCAGGGGGGGAGGUGAUUAUUUUUUUACAUUUUAUAUGAUUGUUUAUUUAUUAUUAUUAUUAUUGAAUUUUUAGCCUU